AUGGAGGGAAAGGGGGACCAGUGGCUCGAGGCGCUGAUCGUCACUCCCGAUGGAGAACUCAAGGUUGCCAACAAAGCAAUAAACUCUGAUAUGUUCUGGGCUAUUCGAGGAGGCGAAGGCAGCACUUUUGGCGUGAUUGUUCAGGCGACCUGGAAAGCCCAUGUCACGGUGCCAAUGGCAGGGUUCAAUUGGUAUAUCAACUCUACUCUGAAUGCUUCGGACUUGGACCAGGGGACGUACCCCACCAGUGAGGCUCUUCGAUACCUGCUGGGCCAUGCGAAAGAUCUUCAAGAGAAGGGUAUCAGUGCGACUUUCUACACCUUCCCUACCAACAUUAGGUGCUUUGCUAUUCACCCAGGAUCGCCAGCGGGUAUCACCAAGGCCAACGAAAUUUGGGGCCCGAUACUGUCGAAUGUCUCCACCGACCAUCGUUACGACCGCGGCACCAUUCCUUACGACAGCCGCCUUCUGAGCCAUGAACAUCUAAGCGAUCCAAACUUAACGCAGGCAUUGGCUGAGACGGGCGGCAGCAUCGGUGUGCAGAUAAUGUCGCCUGGUGACCGUGUCGGUAACGGGAGUGCGGUAUCGGCAAACCCAGGAUGGAGGAAAGCAGCAGCGCUCGUCAUCGCAAACAAGACCAACACUACGAGUGCUGCUGGCUUGAGACGACUGGCUCCCGACAUGGGCACGUAUAUCAACGAGGCCAGUGUCACUGAGCCUAACUGGUCGUCCUCCUUCUGGGGUACCAACUAUCCGCGCUUGUCGGAACUGAAGCGAAAGUAUGACCCCGACAUGCUGUUUUGGAUCAGCCCCGGCAUCAACGCGGAUUACAUGCACGUUGUCGAUGGCCGAGCAUGUAUGGUCGACUCGAUUCCUCCGACACCAAGCGAAUAUGCACCUUUGACAGAUCGGCGUUUCUCUGCGAAUCUGACCACAGAUCGCGAUUUUCUGUUCGGGCAUCAGGAGCUGACAGGAUCGAAUUUUCCUGCUCCUGGAACAGAGCUCGGACUGCCUGCCGUGCCUUAG